AUGCUUUCUCACGCAUACUCCAAGCUACACCUUCUCUCCCGUUUCCUCUCCCUCCUCUCUUCACACUCUCGCGCCUUUCUCCCGGUCUUCCCCCUCUACAUCAUCGCCAUUCCCCGCAUCCUCUCCCUGCGCCGCCAAAUUUACCGGUGCGCGUUCAAGGCGCAGACGGGCAUCUACCGGUGCUCGUUCAAGAAGCAGACGGGCGUGAGCCUCAAGAACAUGAUGGCGCACGGCGCCUUCCCCACGGAGCGCAAUCUGCUCUCCUCCGCGCAGUUCCUGCAGCAGGAGCUGCCCGUGCGCCUCGCCCACCGCGUCACCGAGCUCGAGAACCUCCCCUACGGCCUCUCCACAAAAGCGCCCGUGCUCAAGGUGCGCGACUGGUACGUGGACUCAUUCAAGGACAUCCGCGGGUUCCCGGCCAUUGAGAGCCGCGAGGAGGAGCUGCGCUUCACGCACCUGCUGGCGCAGGUCAAGAUGCGCCACAACAACGUCAUCCCCACGAUGGCGAUGGGAAUCAACGAGUUGAAGCAGGACCUGGGGCGCAAGGGGCGUCUCGACGACCUGCUGGAGAUCCACCAGUUCCUCGUACGGCCACCCCUGUCCUCCCUGCCUCCCUCCCUCCCUGCCCUGCCUGCCACCCCUGCCGUCACUGCCUACCCACCCCUGCCACACUGCUCUCAUUGCCCACCCAUUGUCACCAAUGCCCGCACUGCCUUCAUGACCCUCACUCUCCUCACUCGCCUUCCCUCAUUGCCACCUCUGCCCUCACUCCCCUCAUUCUCCGCCUCUCAAUGCCCUCCCUGCCUACUCCCCUCACUCUCUUCCCCUCACACCCCUCACACCCCUCACUCCCCUCACUCUCCCCCACUCACUCUGCUGUCACCAACUUGCAUCGCACAACCUUUGACCGCUUCUACAUGUCACGCAUCGGCAUGCUCAUUGGCCAGCACUGGGAAGGCUGCAUGGGCGCGUCUCUCAUUGCUGCAUGUUCAUCUCUCUGUCUCAUGCGCCCCUCUCCCUGCCCACUCCCCCCUCCCUACUUCCCCGGCCCACGCCCACCACGAUCGGUUCUACAUGUCACGCAUCGGCAUCCGCAUGCUCAUCGGCCAGCAUGUCUGGGCCAAGACUCUCUCUGCUGCUGCUAGUGCUGUAAUCUGCUCUCUGUCCCUUCCCCACACCCCUCCCCCUGCCGCUCCUCCCUGCCACCCCGCCCAUCAGGACCGAUUCUACAUGUCACGCAUCGGCAUCCGCAUGCUCAUUGGCCAGCACGUCGCCCUGCACGACCCCAACCCGCCCCCCCACUUCAUUGGGUGCGCCUCUCUCCCCCCACUUCAUUGCGGCUCUCUCUCUCUCUCUUCCACCGCAUGCACUGGACCGCAUGCACUGGACCGCAUGCACUGGACCGCAUGCACUGGACCGCAUGCACUGGACCGCAUGCACUGGACCGCAUGCACUGGACCGCAUGCACUGGACCGCAUGCAUUGGACCGCAUGCACUGGACCGCAUGCACUAGUAACCCCAGUGGGUGCAGCCCGGCAUGCAGCAAGUGCCUGUUGCCAUCACAUCUGUCGCAUUAUUAACGCCUAG